AUGUCUGCAUCUACUCCAUCUUCUCCCAACUCUCCAGUGCAUGACAACAUUUCUUCCCAAAACACUGAACCUCUGCCCAAUCCUUCAGCUCUUCCUAGAACUCUAGACCCUUAUAUCAUUCAUCCUAGUGAUAAUCCCGCAACUGUGCUAUCCUCUCCUCUUUUACAAGGAGAUAACUACGGUUCAUGGGUUAGAGGAAUCACCAAGUCUCUGAAUGCCAAAGGCAAGCUUGGUUUCGUUGAUGGCUCCCUUCCUCCUCCAACAGAUCCAUUGCAGUUUCAAUGCUGGAAGAGAUGUGAUGAUCUCGUGGGAAGUUGGCUUCUAAACUCUUAUCAACCAGAUAUCAGGGCUAGCUGCCUGUAUGCUGCCAACUCUCAUGCUAUCUGGAAAGAUCUGCAAAUCAGGUUUUGUGUCUCCAAUGCCCCUAUUCUGUUUCGUUUAAAAUCUUCCAUUGCUUCAAUCAAACAGGAAUCAAUGCCUGUAUCUCUUUACUAUACCAAAAUAAAAACUCUUUGGGAUCAAUAUGACUCCCUGGUUGCUUCUACGGAAGCAUGUGUCUGUGGUGCUGGCAAGCAUAUGCUUGAAAGACUCGAAAGAGAACGUGCCAUGGAGUUUCUGCAGGGAUUACACGACAAGUUUUCCAACCUUCGUAGUCAGAUCCUCACUAUGGAUCCCUUCCCAAGUGCACUUCGUAUCUUCAAUCUUGUUCAGCAGGAGGAGGAACAGCAGCAUAUCACUCAUUCUCCUCUGCCAACUGUUGAUGCCGCUGCUCUUGCUUCGGCUCGAAAUUUUCAGUCCAGCUCUCGUCCGCCAUCCAAUCAGAACAAGCGUCAGCGUCCCUUUUGCGACUAUUGCAACAGGCUAGGCCAUGUUCGAGACAAGUGCUACAGGCUCCAUGGUUUUCCCCCUACCAACAGUUCUUCAUAG